AUGUCAUUAUACCUCAGUGCUUUCUCCAGCUACUCUCACGAAUCCUCACCAACACUAACCAACAAAGUGUGUAUUUUAUGAUUCAUGUUUUGCUAUUAAUUGAACUGUUUUGGUUUCAGCUAUCAAUUUGACCUGCAAAAUUAAUUUAAGCGCAGGUAAAGAGAAAAAAGUUUAACGAUUAAUUUGCUAAAAGUAUUAAGCAGCUCAACCUACAGUUCAUCUCAGUAUUGUAAGAAAGAUAAUGAAUACUUUGUAUUAUUUUAGUUUUUUUUAUUUAAAAGAUAAAAAAGGUUAUGCUUUUACAGUAAUUUAUCGUUUGUUUUUUAACCAAACCUACAAGAAAACUGUUUUGCUUUACAGUCGUGUGUGAAAACGUUUUGUGAUUCGUGACAAGCUGACAUUAAAAAGAACAUUUCGCUUGGACAAAGAAAACCAUUUCUCAUGUCUGGUGUUUGUUUGUUUGCAUGACGGCUAGUUCAUAUUUCACGGUACUAUGAAUAAAAACCAAACAGGUGUACUUUAGAGGGGUGUGUUAAUAGGAGGUUGUUUGCACAGUUUCCUGGAGCAGCCUGCUGUGAUUGGAGGCCUCGAGGUGCGGCAGCUGAAACCAGAGAAGCUGUUAUGAGCACACCUGAGAGACACGCCCAUCUUUGUUCCUUUCCAGUCUCUGCUCAGAGUGUGACAGAAAUGGCAGCAGCGACUAUUUCCAUCGAACAAGACCAGUUCUGUUGUUCAGUGUGUUUGGAGAUCUUAAGAGACCCCGUGACGAUCCCUUGCGGACACAGUUACUGCCUGGCCUGCAUUGAAGACUACUGGAACAGAGCCAAGCAGAAAGGCCAGUACAGCUGCCCUCAGUGCCGACAGGUGUUUAAUCCGAAGCCUCUGUUAAGCAGAAACACUGUUCUGGGGGAAGUGUUGGAAAAGUUACAGCAGUCUGGACUUGCAGAUACAGCGCAGCACCUCUCUAAACCCGAGGAGGUGACAUGCAGCGUGUGCACAGUGAGGAAAACCAAAGCUGUUAAAUCCUGCCUGGUGUGUUUGGAGUCGUACUGUGCGCCUCACCUGAAAGUCCACGAUGAGCGCUUUCAUGGGAAGGCCCACAUGUUGAUCUCAGCCUCAGAUCAGCUGAAGGAGAAGCUUUGUCCACAGCACGACAAACCGCUGAGGCUGUACUGUCGCACUGACCAGCAGUGUGUGUGUUCUCAGUGUGUCAAAGGGAGGCACAAGGGCCAUGAUGCGGUCACAGUGGCGGACGAGAGGGCAGUACAACAGGUGAGUGAAAAUAAAUCUUCAAAUCUGUAAGCAGGUUGUUUCAGGGCAUGAAGACCCUCGAGGAAAACAGGCGGAAUUUCUGUCGCCUCAAAUACAACUCAAGUUUACCGUGUGAAGUUCAGAAUGAAAACAGAAAGAGGAUUUACCUGAAAUACUUGAUUUUACAUGCCAAAGUCAGGUCACUAAAUCAUGUCAGUACUUUUAAACCUAUAAAGCUUUUUGUUUUGGCCGGUGUCUUUUAUUAUCUAGAUGGUGAAAAAAAAAAAAACUUCCCAUAAGAGCUUUAAGGAAUACUUUAUUUUGGGAAACAUGCUCCUAACUUUUUAGAGAGCUUAGUGAAAAUAUAAUUUGCCCUCCAAUUCUCCAUUUUUAGAAGUCUUUCCAAAGAACUCUGCAAAUGUGCAUGCAAAGGACAAAAUAAGAAAAGACUGCUUUGUCCAUAGGGGGCACCAAAACUGACACAAACAAAAAGUUCCUCACAGAAGCUUUAAUGUAGAAACUUCUCAGUCCUGUGUGAACACUAUAGUAUAAAAUAAACAGACAUUUACUUAAACAGCUUUGUAAAUAAACAUUUUCUGAAUUAAGAUAUUAUCUGCAGGACAUUCACUAUUGAAGGGAAACAUUCAAAGUUCUGACCAAUAAAUCUGGCAAAUAAUAAAACAUUUUGGUUUCUGGACUCACAGAGGAAAUCUUGAUCUAAAGACUGUGGUCACAAAUCCAUGACAAACAAGAUCAACUUGUUCCUCACAGUUUGAAAAAUCGUUUUAUCCAUCAGAACGUUUUAAUAAUUCUGAGAGAAAUAACUUGUUUACUCAUCAAAACAGACCUAAUAUUUUCUAAAGUGAGUGCAAAUACAUCCUGUUGCUACUGACACUGAAGCUAAAGUAAAAAUGCCGACUGAGCAGGAAAAGACGCUCUGAUCUUUAGUCUCAUGGCCUCAGGAAAAGGUCUGAUUUUGGGUUACAAAAUAGACAAUUAGUUUGAGGCACUUUGUCAGAUUUUACAAGGAGGUUUUGGUAACCUUUGAACAGCGUACAGACACCAUGAGUUCUUGAAUUUCUAGAUAUUGGAUAUUUGAUUCAAGCCCAAACCUCAGUAAUAUCUACGGUGUUGUUUCAGAGUUUAAUAUGUUCAGAUGACUUUUAUGACCCUGAAAAAGAGCGCCAUUUGGAAUGCAAACUGUGGCUCUUUGCCUUGAAAAGUCCCCAAAAUAGCUCUCAUAAUGUGUGACAGAUUGUGAUGAUAACCAGUGGCCACAUCAGCAAACCAAAUAAAUGAAUAAACAACUGACUCACAGGUGAUUUACAUAUUAUCGGUGCAGCGGCAUGCAAAUGUUCCCCUGAACCUCAUGCAGAUUACACCUUACAAAACACACCAUUACAAAGUGUGUUUAAUGUCCAAAAGGAAAGAUAUGUCUGUUAUAAGCAGGGAUAAAAGCUUCAGUACUUCAAAUAAGAGAAGUUUAAAUGUAGUCUUGCAGAUGUAUGUUGGGCUCUGAUGUGUCAGGAGUUUGAACUGAUAGAGCAAAGAACUUCCAGCGCAGUCCAGUCCUUUGACAGAAAAAUCUAAACUUCCAUCUGGAGCCCGAGGGGGAGAGCACCGUGUGAUAUUCAUCUUUUGUACUCUCCCAGAAAAAACUCCAGGACUCCUCUUUGAAGUCUCUGCAGAAACUGAAGGAUGCGGAAAAGGAACUCCGAUAUGUGGUGAAAUACAUAAAGGUGAGGGUUUACUCUGCGUUUAUGUUGUUGACACACGGUCAAAAGUUGUGUGCGAGUACUUACGAAUCAAAGAGAACGCUUGAUCAUCCGCAGCACUCCACGGAGGCGGUGGUGGAGGAGAGCGAGAGGAUUUUCACCAAGCUGAUCCGCUCCAUAGAGAAGCAGAGCAGCGAGGUGAAGGAGCAGAUCAGAGGGCAGCAGAGAGCGGCUGUCAGUCAGGCUGAGGAGCUGCUGGAGAAGAUCCAGAGGGAGAUGAUGGAGCUGAGGAGGAGCGACGCUGAGCUGGAGAGGCUCUGCCGCUCUGAUGACCACCUUCACUUCCUGCAGGUACAGAACAAGAGAAAACUCAACCAGGGCUGUGGGAACAAGUCCAAUUGAAAACAUACAAAAUUUAGCUGCAUUAUAAACAUGCAGAUGAUGUUUUCAGGCUUUAUCACCACGAUCCUCAUCUGUAAAACUCAAGCCUCCUCUCUGUUCUUUUUAUUUUGUCUGUUUUGUUUGGCCGCCAGACACCCCCUUGAAAAAUGACUUCAAUCUGAAGGUGUUGAGCACAGGUUGAACUGAAUAAAAAUGAACCUAAACCUCUAAGACCUUUACAGCCGACUCUCUUUGUGUCUCUGGCUGUUUCUCCGAAUGACAGUGAGAUCAAAAAGUGACCUAUGGCAUGCCUCACUGUGCGCCUGCAGAUCAGACGAGCCAGAAUAAAAAGUGGCAUUACAUCAGCAGAGUGCAGCACAGCAUCCAUAACAAAUAUGUGUAUGUCACAUAGACUAUACAGUCGAUGGUAUGUCAUUAAAAUAGCUUAUGUGGCUAACAGGCUAAAUUGCCUCAAUGUCAUCACUGUCUAUUUCAAUGCUUCUCUUAUAGACAAAAUCAGUAAUGUGUUGUGGCGUGCUGGUAAUGCACUACAUAGAUGGCCUCACCACAUAGCUAACUAAUGACCUGGCAGCACAUGAGGAGGCAUACUAAGUCAGGUGUUGUAGCUUAGAGUUUUUUCACUCUAGUUACUCUGGCUGACUUUAAAAAAAGCUAAACAAAUAUAAGAUUCAAACGGGAACAAUCACAGACAAGGAUCAGCCCCAAAACCAACCAACUCAAAGUUUGAAAUUCAAGUAGAAGCUUUGUUUUUGGGGUUGAUUUUGAUGCUGAAGUUGGGUCCCUGACACGCACAGUCAGUUUAAUCUUUAGCUUAUUAGCAUAUCCUGCUUUUAACUGCCCCUUGUUGGUAAAACAGUCUUGUGGUGAAAUGGUUAUCACACACAUACAACAUUUUCAGAGUUGUUGUGAGUACAUUCCCAUCAAAAGUAAAAUUAAUUCACUGGCUCCUCAAAUCUUCAGAUGAAGGAGGCAGAAAAAGACUCCUGUCAAGAACCAAGCAGAGGCUGGGUUGUAGCUUUAACAUGGUUGUUGCUGUACCCGAGGGGAAAAAAAGGCGAAUGCCACUUUAGCAAAGAAGUUAUAGGCUAUGUUCACACUGCAGGUCAAUUCCGAUUUUUUAACCUCUUUUGUGUGUGGAUAUAAAUCAGAUAUGUAUCCAAUGUGACUGCAGUAUGGAAGCUCAGGUCGCAUUCAUCUGACUUAUACGUCAUCAAUCAAACAAACAGGCACGUAAAGCAAUUUGUUCUUUGUGUGCAUGCAGGUCACUUCACGAACGCAUUCCGUUCACAUUAGAUGCCGCAUUCGUUGUUGUAAUGUGAACGACCGCACAAAAAGAUUGGAUUGAAUAAAAAAAUCCGAAUUGUGCAUCAUAACCUGCGGUGUGAACGUAGCCUUGGAGGGCUGGGCUAACGAUUAUCAGGGGCAGAGCCAUCAACAUGUGGGAGAGGCUGAUGCGGUUAUGUCAUCAUAAACGCACAGUUUUUCCAUCUGCCCGUUUGUGCUCAUGUUUUCGUGGAGGAGGGGAAAACAAAAGAGGGAGAGAAUGCCAUUUUUUUAAUGUCGGGAGGGGUUGUCGGCUUCGAGGGGAUGUCUAUUAUUGGUAGAAAACCACCCAAAAGUGGAUUUUUCAUAAUAGGGACCUUAAAUGUUUUAAAUCUGUGUAAGUAGCACAAAUCUUUUUUCAAAAACAAAAAAAUCAGUUUCUGAUUUCAGUUGUUUUCACACCCAAGUGCAGCUCUACUGAGAACUUUAGCAGUGAAAAUUUAAAAUCAGGCUGCUUAGCUGUUGAGCUGUUAAUCUCUUAAUCUGCAGUUGUAAAAAGCAUCAUAUCCACAAAAUCAUAAAAAUAUUUAAAAUCGUUAUUCUUUAUAAUAAUUAACUUAUUUCAGUGAGUCACAGAGCGGCAUCGGCAUUAAUUUCAGUUUCAUAACCAGAUAAAAACUCCUCUUUCACAGGAGGUUUAAGUUCACCUCUUAAAGUAGAAAUUCUUGAGCCUUCUUUAAGCGGUCUGGUAAAUACAGGUCUUCACCUUUAGUCCCAUAACCCUGCGAAAAGGUCGGUUUUCAAAGCCGGACUGUAAACAAGAAGAAAAAAAGAAAAUUGCAAAGAAAAAAAAAAAACAUGCUUUCUUGUUUACCUGAAUCGUAUGAAGCCUCCUUUUUUGUUAAAAGAUAGAGAGUGGAUGUUAAUGUAAGACUGAAAACUAAUAACCACAUUCAACAAAUACAAUAAAGUGAAAAAAUGAAACUCAAUUAAAACUGAAAGGAAUCGAACAUAAUGAGCACAGUUUUUAAUUUUAUAUAAUGCACAUUUUUUCAAAUAUGUGGCUCUAAAAUACAAAUGUUUUAUCCAUCUUUAUUAAUAACAUUCAGUUUGAAAGUUUGAAAGGUCAACAGAGGAAAAGAGGUGUCAGUCAUGCUGUUUAUUUCCCAUAUUUGACUUGCAGUGAUUACUUUUCUCUUUGUUAAGUUCCACACAAACAUUUAAUUAAAUAUCCCUAAAGUUCAUGAAGAUAAUCGCCUCAUUUUUGCAGGAUUUCAUUUGCAGUGUCAAUUUUAAAGUGUUUCUUCCUGGUUUGUCACAGUUGUUGUAUUUCCAUCCAAAUCCUGUGGACUCAUUUGUUUUUGUCGCUCAUCUCCGCAGAAGUGUAAGUCUCUCCACUUCCCUAUGAGGAGUGUGGAGAUGCCGAGCACCGACUCUCUUCAGUAUCAGAUGUAUAAAAGCAUGAGAGGAGCUCUGGCUGAACUCAAAGACAGUCUGGAUGAAACUCUAGACAAAGACUUUGACAGAAUCUCUGGGAAAGGUUUGUCUCUUUUAAAGUAACUUAAAAGAAGUUUACUCUUUUAAAGCCUGAACCGUAAAUACUCACUGAUGACGUUUUUUUUUUUGUAUUUCCAGUUACGUCACUAAAGGAAAACAACAACCACACCACCUCUGAAAACACUAAAGGUAGGUCAAGUUUGUUGGCAGGUAAAUGUUUCUACAGAAUAUUCCUUUAAUUGUACAGGAUCAUAUUUUAAGUUUGGAUUUAGGAUGUUUUUGGGUUGAAACUUCAAAAUUUUUAAUCCAGAACGUAAACGCAAAAAAAUUGUACCGUAUUUUUCGCACUAUAAGGCGCACCUGAUUAUAAGGCGCACCAUCAAUAAACGUGUCUAUUUUCAUACAUAAGGCACACCGGAUUAUAAAGCGCAUUAUGCCAAACAAAACAGUCAGAUAAGUUGAUCUUUAUUUAACUCAUUCUAUAACUCCGCGAGGCUACGGUAGCUGCAGCGCUCUGACACGCCAAAAGGAUUUUAAGUGCACCUUAUAGUGCGAAAAAUACGGUACUUCCUGACUAAAGUUCCAACUUCAAUUAGGGGUGUUCCGAUACAACUUUUUUACUUUCGAUACGAUCCCAACAUUGUAGCCUUAAGUAUCGGCAAAUACCGACAUUGAUUCGAUAUUGGAACAAACUUGUGCACGACAAGUUUUGCACUCAGCUGCAACAUUUUUUUCCGGAUUUCAACGAAAAUACUGCCACACAGCUGACAUCACUCCUACUCCUUGCUACUUUGUUUGUACGUUAGCACACGCUCUUGUUGUGAUCAUGUGGGUUCUGCAUGCUGGAUCCAGGCUCUGGAGUGGAGUCUGGAAUGGACUGCUUGUAUCAGAGUGCCGAUAUCAAGGAUUUUAGAUUAAGGCUGAUAUAAUCCAAUAUUUGUUUUUUGGCUGAUAUCGGACCGAUAUCAUUAUCAUAUUGGGACAGCCCUAACUUCAAUCCUUCUUUUCUGUUGUCCAACAUCCAGCUUUAGUUGUUUAUCCAGCAGCCAGAGACACCAAUAUACUACAUAACUCAGAGCCGAAGACAAGAGAUGAUUUCCUCCAAUGUGAGCACACGGUUUAAUCAAUCUUACUGGGACUCAUCUCCAUGAAAUAUGUCCUUGUAUUGUUGACAAUCUGCCUCAUCUCUGUCCAGAUUACAGUGAAGUGACCCUGGACCCGAACACAGCCAACCCUUAUCUAUCCUUCAUCGAUGGUCGACGAGGAGUCAUCACACGUCUGGACUCUCAGCCCUACCCGGAUCACCCCCAUCGCUUCAGCAGCUGGGCUCAGGUGCUGUGCAGAGCCGGGAUGGCGGGACGCUGUUACUGGGAGGUCGAAUGGGCCGGGAGCGGAGGGGUUUCCAUCGGUGUCUGCUACAAAAACAUGAACAGGGCCGGAGGAGGGAGCGACUGCAAGCUCGGACACAACUCCAAAUCCUGGAGCCUGGACUGCUCUCCCUCGUUGUGUUCCUUUCAGCACAAUAAGGAGAGUGUGACCAUCGCUGCUGUCUCCUACAAAAGGAUAGGAGUGUACCUGAACUUCAGGGCUGGGACUCUGUCUUUCUACAACGUGUCUGAUACGAUGCAUCUACUCCAUCGAGUCAAGACGGCUUUCUCGCAGCCUGUAUAUCCAGGUUUCUGGGUGGGUUUGGGUUCCACGUUAUAUCUGUGCUCACUUUAAAUUUUUCCUACAGGAUCCGAGUUCUCAGAUACUGUUAGAUAA